CCAAAUUCCCGCAAUUUGCUUACUUGAUUAAUGUUGGAUUUCAUCUAUUUUUUACGUUUCCAUAAUUACCCUCUUUAAUCCAUCCUCAUCUUCUCAACUAAACCCAAGCCAAUCCCUUCCUUUAUAUACACCUUUGUAUUUUUUCUGUUUUUAUUAUUUUAUUUUUCCCAAACCCAAACGCCUCUCUCUCUCUCUCUCUCUCAUCUGUGUUCCGUUGGAGUAACGUGCUGCAUUCCGAGCUCCAACGCCGUCGUUUUCUGCUGGAGAGACCAAUGGCGGCUCCUCAGACGCCCGUGACGACGCCUCCGGCGUCCUUAUACGUCGGCGACCUCCACCCUGACGUCACCGAUGACCACCUCUACGACGCCUUCUCCGAGUUCAAGAGCCUCGACUCCGUCCGCGUCUGCCGCGACUCCUCCACCGGUCGCUCACUCUGCUACGGUUACGUCAACUUCAUUUCUCCUCAGGAUGCUGUACAAGCUAUUGAGCUAAAAAACCACUCAACUCUGAAUGGAAAAGUGAUAAGGGUUAGUUGGUCUCGACGCGAUCCUGAUAUUAGAAGAAGUGGAGUAGGGAAUGUAUUCGUUAAGAAUUUGAGUGAUGUUAUCGAUAAUACAAAGCUGCAAGAAAUGUUUCUGAGGUUUGGGAAUAUUUUAUCUUGUAAAGUUGCCAUGUCUGAUGAUGGAAAAAGCAAAGGAUAUGGCUUUGUCCAGUUUGAGUCUGAGGACUCUGCUAUUGCUUCUAUUGAGCAGCUCAAUGGCUCUCUUGUUGAGGGAAAGCAGCUGUAUGUAGGCAAGUUUAUCAAAAAGAGUGAGCGCAUUUUACUAAGUCCCGAUGCUAAGUACACAAAUCUUUACAUAAAGAACUUGGAUCAUGACAUCACAGUGGAGCAUCUCAGGGAGAAGUUUUCUGAAUUUGGGAAAAUUGCCAGCUUGGCCAUCUCAAAAGAUGUGAAUGGAGCUUCAAAAGGUUUUGGAUUUAUUUGCUUUGAGAAUCCAGAUGAUGCAAAGCAAGCACAAGAAGCUAUGGAUGGAACACAACUUGGCUCGAAGAAGCUUUAUGUUGCUAGGGCACAAAAGAAAGCAGAGCGUGAACAGAUCCUGCAGCAUCAGUUUGAUGUGAAACGGAAAGAACAAAUAAUGAAAUUCCAGGCUUCAAAUGUGUAUGUCAAGAAUAUUGAUGAUGGUAUCACAGAAGAUGAGCUGCAGGAACUUUUUAGCCAAUGUGGCUCAAUUACUUCUGCAAAACUUAUGCGAGAUGAUAAAGGAAUGAGUAAGGGCUUUGGAUUUGUUUGCUUCUCCACACCUGAGGCAGCCGUUAAAGCUGUAGCUACUCUCCAUGGAUUUAUGUUCCACCGAAAGCCUUUAUAUGUGUCAUUUGCUCAGAGGAAAGAGGAAAGACAAGCACAGUUACAGCUACAGUAUGCACAACGUAUGACUGGACCGCAAGGAUCUUCAGCUAUUUUCCCUGGCAGAUAUCCGCCUAUUUACUACCCAGCACAUGGUAUUGUUCCACCAGUAUCAGUAAGACCGGGUUUGGUGUAUCAGCCUCUAGGUAUGAGGCCAAGUUGGAGAGCUAAGGGCUUUGUAAAUUCAACUAGACCUUCCUUUCAAACUUCUCCAGUUCCUAUGUUUCCCAAUGCUACUAGACAACAUAGACAGAACAGGGGAAGGGUGCAGGGAAAUAUCCCUGCUCAAUAUGCAGCGCAUGUGCAGCCAACUCAAUCAGUGGCUUUAGCGAAAGAAUCUGUCAAUCAGCAGCGUGCUGGGCAGGGGAAAUAUGUGUCUAGUGGUUCAUUGCAUGACAUGAACAAGGCAUCUACAGCGUCAACUGCUGUGCCCAUUCCAGAUGGAUCUGGUGCUGAAGGACCAGAAAUGUUGAGUAGUUUGCUUGCUGCAGCUUCUCCUGAGCAGCAGAAACAAAUACUUGGAGAACGCCUUUAUCCACUUGUCAGUGAACGCAAUCCUGAUCUUGCUGCAAAGAUUACGGGAAUGCUGUUAGAGAUGGACAACUCGGAGCUCCUCCUCCUGUUAGAGUCACCAGAAUCACUGGCAGCCAAGGUGGAAGAAGCUCUGCAGGUGCUCAAACUCUCUAAGGCUAAAAUAUCGAAUCCGGAUGCCAUUCAUCCUAAUUAUAUUUCUGCCGAGGGAGCUGAUGCGCUGAAGUUGCCAAUCCAAAUCUAAGACAACCAAUUAACCAAAGCUCGGGAGGCCUAUCUAGUAUCUAGAUAUAAAAUAAUAAUAAAGCACCUUCUCAUUAUCUUUAGUUACUAACUUACUGACUUACUGUAUUUAUUAUGUACUCCGUAUUUGAUAUAUCUAUGUAGUGCUUGAUGCUUUAGUUUAUCACAUUAGAUUACAGAAUCAUAAAGAUGGCAUUUCUAUGGACAGCGCUGAUUCCUGAUAAAAAACGCUAGUGGACUGAAAACACUUAGGCCCAACAUUGGUCGAGCCUUUAAAGGCUUGGCUUUACUGAACAAGUUUUAGAAUAUUAUCACCUGUUCCUAUUUUGUGAGGUAAACAGUUUUAUACACUCCAUAAAUUACCAUCAAUUACAAUUACAGAAGCCACUAGCAAUCUCUAGGAACUAAUUCGUCAGCUCCCUGCAGUCACACACACUCUAUAGUCAUGGUAACAGUGAUAUCUUUGUAUGUCAAUGAAUUAUUAAAAAAAAAAAAAAAAA